ACGUGACAUCUGUUUACAGAGCUGGCUGCCUUGCCGUGAUAUAGCCUUAGUUGCUGACUCCGUGUAAAACACCGAUUCCCUCCCCCUUCCUCCGUGUGUUUGUUAAGGGCAAGCCACUCGGCUCUCCGCUUUCUCUUGUUAUCCAUGCGCACGCAUAUUCCAACACACGCACACGCGUGCAAUCACACAUGCGCACUCCGACGUGAAGACACGUGCACGCACAGACAGCCUGCAAGUCCGUUAAUUGCUGGCUGCUGGCCCCACCCGCAUAUACCUCCCGGCCCUCCGUUUUUUGUCCGCCAGCCAUCGGCAAACUGUCUUCUGUGCAAGGACACCAUUUGCAGCUCCUUAGACAGAAUGAAGCUAGUGAGAGAAAGAGAGAUAGAAGGGAGAGAUAGAGAGGAAGGGAGACACACGCUAUAUUCAUUGUUUCAUUCAUUCAUUGUUCACUUUUCCGGUGUAGAGACUUAGUCGCCCCUCAGACAGGCUCCUCGUGCCUCCAUGGUUGUGUAGCCAGCCACGCCGUGGUGAUGUCCGUGCUGGUGUUAUUGACGUUGACGAGCGAUUGCGUCUAAGGGAGAGAAUAACGACUGGUGCCAUCCUGGAACUGGGGGCUAGUGACUGGAGGGGAGACAAUUCAGACGUAGCAUGUCAGUGCUGGUAUCUGGGGCUACUGACUAGAGGGGAGACAAAGACUUGAACCAUGCUGGUAUUGGUUCUUGGGGCUACCGUCGCUAGGCAACGGGGGUACGUAUAUGGAGUCACUGGGGUGGGGAGAACGCGUUGAGUCAAUGGAGAGAAGAUGUGGGUGAAGGUUGACUGUGACUACUUGUUGUCAUCUACCAGCAGACAUCAAUGUCUUCACACCUUUGGUGAGGCUGACUGAGGCAAUGGUCUUCAGUCAAUGGUCUUACACGUGUCACGUGUCCUGGACACCAGUCAUGAUGUCAUAAACCUCGCACGUGACCUAGCAUAAGCUCACACACAGUAUAGCACUUACUCUCACACACAGACACAUAUCAAAGUCAGUAACAAUGUUGUUGUUAACAGACGGCUGACCCCACAUCAAACUACAGGUCAAGUCAGCAAAGUUGCUAUUAAUAGACCAAGGUGGGUUCUCUGAGGACUGAUCAUCAUUAUUAUUUUUCCACAGCUAAAGGUUAGGGAGCGGACAUUUGUACUUCACUGUUGUAACAGAAUUAAUAAAAAAUUGUCGUGUGUUAUUAAUCACGAUCUUGUGGUAUCUACCCGCUGCUGUCUUCUUGCUCUUAAGUACCCGCACUCUGUCCUAUGCAAUCAAGGGACAUGACUCCCAGUAAUGGUGUAAGAGGACCAACAAUUUGUGCCGAGUAGCGAGGUGCCAAGCUACCUUUUUUUCCUUCUUCUGUCUUCCUUUCUAUCCUUCUAUUCUGUAGUGGAGGCGUGUUAUCCCGACACGACUGGUCAAAGUGCUUCAGAUAUUAUGGCACCCCGUUAUACAUCCAUCUUCCGUCCGUCUGUCCAUCUUCACGUGUAUAUUCAGUAACAUUUGACCAUAGCUUCAACAGCCUCGUUUCACUCACUCUGCUCUCACAAGUUUGUAACUCACUUCCUGAUGUGGUAAGCCAUGACAGUCCUACAAUCUGUGACGACGACCAAUCAAUCUUCAAGACGAACAGCGUCACAUUUGUGAGACAAAGAUAUGAUAACAUGUGAUGUAUAAUAUCAAUAUUCAAGAAAGAGAUUAAUUAACACCUGUCACUCUACAUCCGUAAGAUGCAAAUGGCGUUCAGGUUACAACUGGCAUGGUGGGCACUGGCUGUCCUCCUCACAAUUGUUUCUGGCAGCUCCACGUGUCCCACUGGUUGGCAGGAGUUUGACAACAGUUGCUACGUGUUCCUGAAUGAGACCAUCUCCUGUCUCAGUGCAGUGGUACAGUGUGUCAACUCAAUACUCAGUACAUCAGUCAUGGAAGAUUAUGUAGAGGCCUUUUGCAGUAAGGAAGGGGCUGAACUUGUUGAGAUCACAUCUGAAAAGGAAAAUAACUUCGUCGUUAAACUGCUGACAACUAAAGACGGUUUGUCUGCGUGGCUGGGAGUCAAUGACAUUAUACAAGAUGGCCAAUGGGUGUACUUCUCAAGUCAGAGUCCGCUGUCGUACAACAACUUCUACCCCAAUCGUCCCAAGAGCAAACGGCUGUCCUCUAAAGGAUGUGCACUGUUGUUAGCGAAUGGCAUGUGGCUGGAAAUGUUCUGUAGACUCACUUUCAACGCCAUCUGCGAGAUGAACAUGGCAAGCGAUUUCUGACAGGAAGACGUGCAUGAAUACAUGAAGAACAAUUUCUGGGCUCGCCGAGACUAGCAGCGAGAACUUGGCAAGAGGCGAAGUAUUGGUCUUGGCAGACAGACAGCAGUACACCUGUACACAUCCAUGGUGUCAUGAGGACGUUUCCUAAACACACCAACUAGACAGUAUGUUCAAAAUAUUCUGGACAAUAAAUGAAAUUUAAAUGUCAUUUGGCCUUGCCCUCGUGUAUUAGUGGGUAUUUCUUGAACAACAACAACAACAACAACAACAAUGAUACAACAUGUACGCUAUUUUGCAUUAUUUGCUCAAAAUCCCCGCUAUCAUUUUUGUAAUGUCUAGCACUUAAUGUUCACUUUCAGUCUUAUGCCUCGAGGGUAUGAAAAAUCCCAAGAGCUGCUACUCUGGUCUUUCCUUUCUACCUUUGUACAAAAUAAAAGUAAAGU